AUGUUUCCUAUAUCGAUGAUCUUCACCCCGGAGCAAGUGGCCUGUGUGUGCGAGGUCCUCCUGCAGAGCGGUUGCAUGGAUCGCCUCGCGGGCUUCCUCCGCACUCUGCCUCCUCUUCCUUCCCUCUUCUCCUCCUCCUCCUCCUCCUCUCCUUGCCCUGGGGAGCAGGAGAGUGUGCUCAAGGCUAAAGCCGCAGUGGCCUUUCACCAGGGUCACUUCACUGGCCUCUACACACUGCUGGAGGGCUUCCCCUUCUCUCCGCGCAGCCACCCGCUCCUGCAGCAGCUGUGGCUCAGGGCCCACUACGUGGAGGCCGAGGGGCAGAGGGGCCGACCGCUGGGAGCUGUGGGGAAGUAUCGUGUGAGAAGGAAGUUUCCUCUGCCACACACCAUCUGGGACGGAGAGGAGACCAGCUACUGUUUCAAGGAAAAAUCACGGAAUAUGCUCCGCAAGUGGUACCGCCUUAAUGCUUAUCCCUCCACCCGGGAGAAGGGGGAGCUAGCGGGGGCCACGGGCCUGACGACCACGCAGGUCAGCAACUGGUUCAAGAACCGCAGACAGAGGGACCGAACCUCAGAGGUUAACGGUUUCCGAGUACCCAGCUCUGGAGGAGCCUCGGCAGAAGUCCAUCCUUUCUCUGACCACGACUUUUCACCUCCAGGAAGCCCACGUCGGCUGCACCACCGCCCUCUACCUCCACCCCUUUCUCACCCACCACCUCCUGUACUUUACAUGUGUAGAGGCCUCAAUUGAGCAUGCCUUUUAAAUGUUUCAUUUGUA